UCAGCGCGCGCAGCCGAAAAAUCCUCCACGCAUCAGUCGUGCUGCAAAACCUGCUAAUUCAUUUACAACAUAAUCAAUUACAGGACCAUAUCACUCUGUUUUGCGUUUGUGUGUAUGGUGCGCAAAUAUAAUUUAAGCUGCAUUGAUAAUUAGUAUUUCAUUUAACAGUUGUCAUUGAGACUAUUCAUUUGUUUAUUUUAGCCUAUACGGGACAUCAUUUUAUACAGUUGCCAGUUUUUCGUGAUGGUUUGACAAGAUGAUUGGCCAGCGACUUCUCAUGCCAACAACCUAACUUGAUCUCUCAGCAUCUAAGGACUUCCUCCUCUACCUCAGUCAGGCUUCGGGCACUUCAGCCAGCACAAGCUAACGAGUCUUUGUGUGGAAAGGGAGAGAGUGCGAGCGAGAGCAAGAGAAACGGACGGGGCAGACGUUGGGUGUUAGACCUACGGCAGGAUGAGUGGGAUCCUGAAGAGGAAGUUUGAGGAGGUGGAGGUGGAUAGCCCCUCCCCGUGCCUCUCUCUCCGGGGGUCCGAUGACGAGGUCUCCGCUGGCAGCGACAGCGGGAACAGCAGCGACAGUGUCAACCCAGGCCCCUCCACCCCCGUCGCCCCAGCCUCUUCUAUCUUGAGGUGUGAAAAGCGCCUGCGGGUGCGCAACGUGCACUUUGAGAGCGUGACGGUGUACUACUUCAGCCGGCGCCAGGGCUUCACCAGCGUGCCCACGCAGGGUGGCAGCACCCUGGGCAUGUCCACACGCCACAGCUGGGUGCAGCGCUACACUCUGGGGGAGUUCGCCGUGGAGCAGGAGAGAAGCCACCGAGACAUGCUGCGAGACCACCUCAAAGAGGAGAAACUCAACUCCAUCAAACUCAAGCUGACCAAUAAUGGCACUGUUGAGUCGGACGAGGCCGAGUCGCUGACCCUGGACGACAUCUCAGAGGACGACAUCGACCUGGACAACACGGAGGUGGACGAGUACUUCUUCCUGCAGCCGAUGACCACCAGGCGGCGCCGCGCUCUCCUCCGGGCCUCCGGGGUGCGACGCAUCGACGUGGAGGAGAAGCACGAGCUGCGGGCCAUCCGGGUGUCCCGGGAGGAGUGCGGCUGUGACUGCAGGGGGCUGUGCCACCCCGCGACCUGCGCUUGCAGCCUGGCCGGCAUCAAGUGCCAGGUAAAUGGAGCUGUGGUAGAUCGAAUGUCAUUCCCAUGCGGUUGCAGCAAGGAGGGCUGCAGUAACAGCACAGGCCGCAUCGAGUUCAACCCCAUCCGUGUUCGCACCCACUUCCUGCACACCAUCAUGAAGCUGGAGCUGGAAAAGAGCCGCGAGCAACAACAACAACCGCAGGUCACCAAUGGUAAUGGUUACCAUGGAGAACUACCAGUCAACGUCCCUGUCCAGCGUGCUCUGCAGUACCCCCUGAUGUCUGACAACAUCCCAGUCCUGCAGACUCCCAUCAUGAACCUGCCGAGCGGCAGCGACGCAGAGCAGCAUCUAGAAGAGGAAGUGGACGAAGAUGAGGAAGAUGAUGAGGAGGAGUACGAGGAUGAGGAUGAUGGUAGUAGUUUAUGUAGUGGCCUCUCGGACUGCAGCACCGACAGCCUGCACACUAGUGACUCUGAGGAGGAAGAGGAGGAGGAGGAGGAGGAGGAAGAUGACUGUGAGUCUAUGGAGGAGGGGGUGAGUGGACCCCCAGUCUCUCACACAGAGGUGGUUCCUCUCUCCUCUGUGUUGGGUUACACUGAUGGGACACACACCAACACCAACACCAACACCAACCACGCUAACCCCAACUCAUACUACCACAACCCUUCAUCAGGGUACUACCAGAUGGACAACUCAGCCAACCUGAACCCCACACCCAAAGCCCCUAGUGAAGCUCCCUCACUCCUCUCACUCCCCAACAGGCAGGGGGCCACCGAUGGCCCCACGGUCGUGUCACAGGAGCAGCCUAAAACCACCUCCGAGCCACACACAGACCACCUCAGCCAGAUAGAGGGACUGUAUAUGCAUUUUCCCCACACUGACAAAGCACCAGCAGCCAACGCCUGUUCCUCAGCACUGCAGCAGAGCAACACUCCCCACAGUGGGGAGACUAGUACACUACACCAUGAGCAGCCCUUUCAGACGCAGGUCAGCGUUUUUCGUCAUGAAACUUGUUCUAGAGGCAGCUCUGCAGAGUGGUCACUAGCUGGCACAGCCACAAAGUCCUAAAAUCUGAUUUUAAACCUAACCUUAACCCUAAACGUAACCACACUGCUAACCCUAAUGCCUAACCCUAACCUUAAGAUCAAAAGCACAUUUUUGUUUUCAUAAAUUUUUACAAUAUAAACAAUUUUGACUCAGCAGCUGGCCUAUCUAAGGAGAAAUCGCUCAGUUCUGCCUCCAGGACAAGACUUAUAACAAUAAUUGUCAAUCUGCCUUUCAGACAGACAUGAACGGUAAUGAUAUUGCACGUCCCUGAAGAAUAGCACACGGUCUGAGGUAUCUGUGGGGACUGAGGAGCAGCAAAGCCAGGGGUCGUUCAACGGGCUGGCUGAGGCAUCCUCUCUUGCCUGAGAACAAAAGGGAUCCACCAAUUCUAGAGACUAACACUAGUCACUAGCAUAGUGUCAGGUAGACUUGUGGCAAGUUCAAUGAAACUGGUUAGUGUGAUAAGUGAAAUUAGCAUUCCUUUGCAGCAAGUAUGCACAUUUGGAUUAAUGUGCUGACCAACUUAAUUAAAGGGAUACUUCAGGAUGUUGGCAAUGAAGCCCUUUAUUGACUUCCCCAGAUCCAGUUGAACAUUUUUGUGUCUCUGCAUGUAGUUUGAAAGAAGUUGCUAACUAGCGUUAGCGCAAUGACUGGAAGUCUGUGGUACCAGAUGCUAGCUGUGACCAUAGACUUCCAGUCAUUGCACUAACACUAGUUAGCAUUGGCUUGCAAAACUACCUCUAACUUCCUUUGUACUGGAUGAAGGAUGCAGGGACAUAAAAUGGUAUCCACGAGUUCAUCAGACUGGGGAAGUAGAUAAUGGGCUUCAUUGCCAAAAUCCUGAAGUAUCCCUUUACCAGUGAAACUACAUGAUGUCAAUAUCAAUUCAUUUUCUGUACAGGAAUAAUGCUGUUUUUGACCUAUCCUAGAAACUGGGUUGUCCGUUUGAUUGAAUAGAACCUGAAGGACGGUGGGUUUUUUUUUAAACUCCUGAUGAAUGUACCUUUUUAAAGUGAACGAUUAGGUUGCAAAGGCAAGCUGUGGGGUUUGGCCUCAGAAGGAUCUUUGCACAUUAUUGCACACGCAGUUUCCAUGUCCUGGAUCUGAAUGUCUAACAGACAAUGACUGUGAAAUAGUUAGAAUUAAACAAUGAUUCCUUAUUUCAACAAUAUAACCAUGUGGAAUGGGAAAAUGAAAAGAUCAUCUGAUUUGAGUUAAAUGAAUGAACUAAGAUAGACGCUAGGGCUCGGAUGAUAUCAGUAACGCGAUACUUGUUGGUAGCGUGGCAAAGAAACAAAACACGAAGCGGAUUUCACUUCUUUAGGAAAACAGCCCUAAUGUUGGAAAUAAACAUUAUGUUGUCACCCAGAGUCACAUGUAUUUCUUUUCCAUGCUAUAGCACACAUUAUUUACAUAUAGCAGGUUUUUAAAAGACCAAAGAGUUUUGUCUGCUUCGUGUAAAAAUAAAAAAAAAUUGCCAUGGAAAAAGUAUUGCAAUACUGGUAUAGUCACAGCCUUAGUAGAUUGAACUUUUAUAUGGAGUCAACUGGAAAAUGUAUAUAGCUGCAGUUUAUUUAUGGCUAUACAAAGUUUAUGUAAUAUUAUGUAUGUUUUGAUAAUGAGAGCAUGCUGUGGUUAGUAUUGAUGACAAAUCAACACGAUUUUGAGGUACUACAAUUAUUAAGCGUCGGUCUCGUGCUUAUUUGUGUUGUCUCAUAGAUGUUGAAUACUUUGCAUGUAUUUUGUUAAAAGGAAACACCCUGUUUAAAAAUGUAUUUUUUUUUUAUAUACAGUGAGAAUGUCAAAAGGAAACAAAUUAAAGAGCAUUUAUACUUUACAUUAGAUUGGACAAUACUCCAAUAUACUGUAGUCACAGACUUAUAAUCAUCUCUAGUCUUACCAUUACAUUUAGGUCCAUUUUCAAAAGGACCAUGAAACUUGGAAAAUGUACUUCGUUUGAAAUCGUUUUAAACGUCGUGCUCAAUUUCAUGAGACAAGCUAUAUUUUCAGUGCUGCUAUUAUGAUUUACAUUUACAUUUUAGUCAUUUAGCAGACGCUCUUAUCCAGAGCGACUUACAGUAGUGAAUGCAUACAUUUCAUACAAUUUCAUACAUUUUUUUCUGUGCUGGCCCCCCGUGGGAAUCGAACCCACAACCCUGGUGUUGCAAACACCAUGCUCUACCAACUGAGCUACAGGGAAGGCUUUGUUAUCAAGUUUUAUUGUCACAUGCACAGGAUACAGCAGGUGUAAAACAGUACAGAGAGAGCCUUAAUUGGGGGCUCUUUCCCAAAAAUGCGCAAUAACGGUAGUAAUACAGAUAAGAAAUAAAACAUGUGAAAUGCGACAGAAGAAAAGAAGAAAAGAAACAGGAGAAUAGAGUUAUAUAACGUUCUUAUAUACAGGUCAGUACGGUGCCAGUACUGUUAUUACAGUGUGCAGGGGUACUGGAGUGAUUGAGGAAGGAAUGGACCUAUUCCAUCACAGCAUGUUCUUUGUCUCCUCUCUCUUUUCUCUAUGUACCCAGUCUCUUCAUCUAGCCCCUUUAAGGUUCUCCUCGCUCUCUCACGCUCUCUUCCUCUUGCUCUCAUGACCUCUCUCUCCUCUCUCCCAUCAUAUCACGUCAGCCAAUGAGGUGGUGUGCAGCGUAAGGGUGCCAAAGCGUUCAUGUUCAGGUGAUCUAUAGUGAAGUAAGCUACGUCUGUACCAGUCUCUGCUAUUCUGCUGUAGAUAUGAUUUGCUAGUCUAUAUUGUGGCCAAUGUGAAACUGGGUAUUUUAUUGUGGUUUAUUCUCACAGCAGUCUGUUGUGUCAUGAAGGCCUUGAAGUUCACAGAGCUCAUGUUGUUUUUGAUUUUGUCCCAAAUGGCACCUUAUUCCCUAUAUAGUGCACUUCUUUUGAACAAGGAAGUAGUACCAUUAUAGGGUAUUUGGGACACAGCCUUCUUGUUCUGUUUAGUUUUGUUCCAGAAUGUCUCUUUGUUUAUCAAGACUGCCUAGAACUGGGGGCCUAAAAUACAUAUUCUCUGUUUGUCUCUUCUUUUUUACACCACCAUUUGUUCCUUUUCCACAAACAUCAGACUUUGAGAAUAAAUAACCAAUGGAAUAA